AUGCGGCGCAAGCCAAGAGAGAGAAAAGCGAUUUCAAAGAGUAAUUUUUCACCAAGCACGUUGCACACGUUUCGUCCAACUCAUCUCGAUCAAUAUGAACUAGGUAGCCAGCAUGAUUCGUUCCCGUACUCGACGUCGUCAGAUAUAUUUUCUCGUGAAAAUUAUUUCAACUUUGCAGAUCAUUCCUCAUUCAAACAAACGAAAUCACCAUUCGAAGUGACAAAUAACAUUCAGUGGAGCACAAUGUCAACGACUACGGAUUUACUUUUCUGA